AACUACCAAUCUCCAUCACACCUCCUCCUCUCCUCCGUCUCUCUCUAUUCUACUCGUUCUGUCCUCCCCAAACAACACAAUGGUGAUGCCUGUGAAGAAAAGCUCCGCCAUCAGGCCUGUAGAGUUCUACGGAAACUCACUUCCCCGUCCUCGUUUCUUCGAUAACCCUAAGUUCAACUCCCACCGCGUCGAUCCUCCCCUCUCGGUUCUCGAUCCUCUCCUCUCGUGGGCCAGAGAGGCCCACUGGUCCAUGGGUGGUCUCAACUUCACCCGCCUCCGUCUCCAGGGCCGGAUCGAAGGAAACGUCGACAAGCUCCGUGCUCAGCUCGAGAAAUCUACUCCGACGAAACUCGAAUCUGGAAGUUCCGACAAGAAGAGGAGAUCCGGUUACGAUUCCGAUUCGGAUUCUCCCCCCGCGGCUCCUGUUGCUGUUAAGCGAAGAAGGUACAUAGAUCUGAACGACGAUGCCGAUGAGGAGGAGAUCGGAUCGGAAGAUGAAGGAGUGGCUAGGAUCAGGAGAAAGCUCUCUGAUGACUUUGACAGAGUCGCUGGAGAGAGCAAGGUCAAAGUUGUUAAAGCUAUUAAGAAACCAAUUGAAUCGGGUUCGGAGGGGAAGAGAUUGAAGGAGAAGAAGACACAAAAUGUCGAGGAGACAAGUUCGACGAGGACAUCUCCAAGAUUGGCCAAGCGCAGAUCAUCGACUUAGCUUUUUUUUUGUUUUCAGUUUACAUCUCAUCUCUGUAGUGUUUAGAUUGAAGGUUAUAUAGUUCAUGGAUGGGACUUAACUUAGUUUUUGGUUUUCUUAUGUUGCUUACGAAAUAUGAAUCUUCUUUGUAUCCUCUAUGAACUCAUCAAAUUAGAAUCAUAUUCUAUGUAUACAAAUUCUCAGCGUCUGUCUAACAAAGCUUUCUCAACUUGUGCCCAA